AUGCAUUGGAAGACUACCACAAUUCUGUUUUGUGUUUAUGGUAUCACGAAGGGACUUCGACCGACCACACCUUUCCUCACACAGUAUUUGGUUUCACCCCAUAAGAACUUCACUCUAGAUAAAGUUUACGGUUUUACUUCAGCUGCAGAUGUUGCGUACUACUCAUACCUGUAUGCGAUUGUAAACGAGAGGAACUAUCGCCGUGUGACGUCAUGCGAUCGUUGUGCUGAUCUCACAAGGAAAUUGUUGGCGUGUAACUUGGCUCAUCUCUCCAUUUGCCCCAGAACUGCUACAUAUUUGACACUGAAUCAGAUUUUGGUGUUGCCAUAUAUGAGUGAUGCGAAUUUUGUAGAUAUAUCAAUUUCAUUCCAUCACUUUGCUGAAUUCUAUAUAAGACAGGUUUUGAACGUACAUAGUAAACAUUUCUCUGAUUGCACUACCGUUUUGCGAUUUCGUUGA